AUGGCAGUGCCGGUGCCCAGGGCUGUGUAUUCUCAGGCUCGGGAGAACCUGCUGCGGGCGGUGCCCCCUCACCUGGUCUGCUCCCUCUUGUGUCAUGGCAAAGAGUGUCGUUAUGAGGGUCCACAAGGCUGGAGCCCCCAACAGCAAGCCAUCCGAGGGGUCUUCUCAGCCUGGGUAACAGAUGACAUCCUGGCCAUGGCUCGUCCGACCAGCCUCAGCAUCAGGAGCUAUCAGCUGAUCGAGCAGUUCAAGGCAUUAAACGUGAAAUCUCUGAUCAACCUGCAAUUGGCGGGGGAGCACGCUCACUGUGGGGGGGCCCUGGAGCAGGACAGCGGCUUCUCAUACCAACCCCAGCUCUUCAUGGACAACAAUAUUUACUUCUUUAACUUCGGAAUGCCGGAUUUCGGAGUAGCCUCACUGCUGCGCAUCCUGGACGGAGUCAAGGUGAUGGCAUUUGCCCUGGAGCAGGGCAAGCUGGCCGUCCACUGCCAUGCUGGGCUGGGUAGGACAGGGGUUCUGGUGGCCUGUUACCUGGUGUAUGCGGCCUGGCUCAGUCCCAGUGAAGCUGUGCACUUUGUGCGGUUACGACGGCCGAUGUCCAUCCAGACCAGCUCUCAGAUAAACCUGGUGUUCGAGUUUGGGCGGCUGGUGACCUCUCACCGGGCGGUGUACACCCGGGAUGGACAGCCAAUCACACUGCAGCAACACCUCGACCACCAGCGACAGUUACUACAUGGCUACGAGGCGCGGCACCUCAAAUAUCUGCCCAAACCCGUGGACUUCCUGUGCCGCCGGCUGCUGUCGCUGUCACUGGGCAGGGAGAGCUGUGCCGUGGUGAGGACCGAGAUACGCCGGGCAGUGGCUGACCGUCGACUGGCCAAGCAGGUCUGGGAGACCCUGAACGCCCGUGUAGGGUCCCGGCACACUCCCCCCUGGGCCUGGCAGCCGGUCACCGUGGUGCUGCCGAACACCACCACCCAGGGCCAAGCGCUGCCCAACACCAACACCAACAGCACCAUUGGUGGGGACUCACUGAGUGAGCUGGAGCUGGAGGACUGGAUCAGCGAGAGACCAUGUUCUGCUCUCACCCUCGUCACCCUGACCACCCCGACACAGACAGAGACCCACCUCAGCAACUUGGCUGCCAACGAGCCAAUCAGGAGGCAGGUUUCGGGAAUGUCGCUGCUGGAGAGCGUUGCCAUGGCGAUGGCGGCCGGCCCCGCCCUGGAGGAGGAGCUCCUGGGAAAGGUCCACCUGUGGCAGGCCAGACUGAGCGAGGAGCAAGGAGCCUGGGGGUGGCUGGCUACAGAGACUGACCCCCGAGUGCUCAGUGCACUGCUGUGGAGCUGGUUGGAGCAUCUGAAGGAGCCGGUGCUGAGGUCAGAAGAUGUGGUGUUAUUGCUCUCCAAACCCACAGCCGGGCAGAGCCUGUGGGAGCUGGAAAAGUGUCGGGACGAGACACUGUCCUGUGUCCUGGAGACCCUCAGCAAGCUGAGCGGCCUGACCUCUGCCCUCGAGGAGGCCAUCCUCCACAGGCUGCUCCGAGCUGUGACUCAGUGUGGAGAUGAUGACCUGGCUGGGCUGUGUGAUGUGAAGGAGAGACUGAAGGUCAUUGUGAGGGAGCAUCGCUCUCACUAUCUCUUCCCGCGGGGACUGGUGAAGACAGCCACACUGACCACCAUCACCUCCUGUGUCAACAACACCUAGUUCUGCGUGGCGGUGGGUGAGGGAGUGAAACAGCCUGGGGUUCUGAGACCCUCGCACAUACCCCGGGGAGAGGGGGUGAGAGGGAUCAAGGAAGGGUAGAGAGGGAGUGAACCAGCCUGGUAGGCUGAGACCCUCACACCCACACUGAACUCCGCACCCCCAUGACCCAAAUCCUUGCCCCCAUGACCCGAAUCCUUGCCCCCAUGACCCGAAUCCUUGCCAGGCUCCACGGGCUCCGUAUCACAGAACGGAUCAAUUUCAAGAUCCU